AUGAAUGAACCUGAACAUCGAGACCAGUCUUCAGAUAAAAAAUCCAGUCCUGGAAUUUCAAAGUCAAAUAUCUUCACUGCAGUAUUAGAAGAUUUAAAUUUAGAUCUUAACUCAAAGCUAAUUUUAAAUAAAGCACGAACAGUUGAUACCCAUACACUAAACGAUGACAAGUUAACUUCCCCAAAUCAAAUACCUGAUUACAUUUUAAAAAAUCUAAUGAUAAUUAAUCACCAUACGCGAGAAUUUAAAUUAACCCAUGUAACCUCAGAAGAAGAUAAAACUAAAACAAAAAAAUCUGAUGAUAGCGAAGAUGAAGAUGAAAAUGAAAAUGAAAGCGAAGGUAAAGAUGUAGCAGGAAUAAAUCCGAUGGAUUCAUUAAUAGCAGUUUUUCAUUGCUCAGAUUAUUUUUUGCGACGGCAUCUUGCCAUAAAACUGUCCGCUUGUCAACUUAGUGUCCCUUUUCUUCUUCCAAAUCCGGAGAAGCCGGCUGACGACAUCACAAUUUUGCUCUCGGCCUUAGAAAGCAUCACGAAAAAUUGGACAGGAGUACAAGAAGUAUUUGCGACCGAACAUCCAUUUCCGGUGGUUUCUUUCAUUCGAAUUGGCAAAAGUACCAUUUCGAAAUCAUCCUUGAUAAAUAAAAUUAUGACCGACGGUAUCGGAGACCAUGACUUCUUUUUUCACAAAGGUAUCAAAGGCGGCGACACUGUAAGAAAAAUCGUCGAUGGAUUGGUUGAAUUGGCUUGGCAUCUUCCUGGCGGGAAUGAAGAACAAACACUAAAAACAGCAAUUUGUUUUGCAAAUCUGCGGGGAGACGCCAAAAAUUUCAAGAAGCAGUUAAAUUUCCUGUCGAAGAUCUCAUCCGUGUUUUGUAUCUUACUACCCUCGGAAUAUCCAGAUGAAACCACGAGGAACAUUUUAGACGAGGCAGCGCAUUUCAAAGCACAAACCAUUCUGAUAUUUGAUGCCAAAAACCAAACUUACGCAGAGGAAUGCUUUAAUGAUUUAAGAAACAAACACAAUAAGAAACUGUCUUUGAUAACAAGGGCCAAGAAAUCGAAUGAACACAAUUUUUUCCAAGGAAUACGACAACUUAUUCAGAAGUACAUACUUAAAGUGAAGGAAAUCCCACUUGUUAAGCUUGCGUCCUGUGCUAGUGAACUUGGAAUUCACCUUGAUGGUUGCGAACCACAUCUGGAAUUGGAAGAAAGCGUGAACACUUGGUUAGAAAUGGAAUCCCCUUUCGCUAAAGAUCUAUUAAAAUUGCAAACUCACGUCCCAGUUUUGGCAAACUUGGAACGUGAAAAAUAUUUUCCAAAUCAAGAAAGUAACAAAUCUAAAAGAAUGGAGGAAAUUUAUAGAGAAGAAAUGAAAGAAAUGAAAGCUCAAAAAAAAUCCUUUGAUAGCCUGGACAAUCGAAUUAUUCAAUUUCUAAAUUGUAUUGCAGCGAUGGAUGAAAGUCAACAAAAUUACGCCUUGAGUAAAUUGAAGCAUCAGUUAGAUAAGAGGUCUCUGGCAAAAGUGCAUAGUGAAAAGAAAAUUUGUCAGGAAAACUGGAAAGCACUGUUAUCUAAAGAGGAACAUGCAAAUCAGUUAGAAGAAGCAACCACAAAAUGGUCGUUCGGUUUAGAACACAUAACUAGAGAACUUGCUCAACUGUUCCAACAUAGAGAUAUCUGCAACACAUACGACUAUGUAUGUGUAGCCGCAAAUAUGCUACUUUCAGGACACUCCCUUGAGCUGGUAGACGGCCAUUCUUUGUACCUUCCUCUGCGAUGGUUUGAAGCUGUUUUUACUAAAUUAAAGCUUGAAACAAACGAUGCCAAAAUAUUUGUAAUUUCUGUUUUAGGAAUUCAAAGUUCAGGUAAGUCAACUAUGCUAAACACAAUGUUUGGUCUAGAUUUUCCAGUACGUUCAGGUAGGUGUACUCGCGGCGCAUUUGUUAAUCUUAUUCCAGUAAGUGAUGAACUUAAAACUGCGUCAAAUUUUGAUUAUCUGUUGAUCAUUGAUACUGAAGGUCUUAGAGGAUCCGGAGAUCCCGAAUUGCGAAAGCAUGAUAACAAAUUAACAACUUUUGCAAUUGGUGUGGCCGAUCUAACCAUAGUAAAUGUGUUUGGUGAAAAUUGCAACGAAAUAAAAGAAUUCUUGGAAAUAGCCGUCCAUGCAUUUUUAAAGAUGACGCUUGUCAAAGACAAGAAAGCUUGCAAAAUUGUUCACCAAAAUGUUGCAGCUGCCGAUGCCCCAUACAAUUUGACCGCCAACCGUUUAAAGCUCAAAAGCGAUCUCGAUAAAAUGGCGAAGCUUGCUGCCAGUCAAGAAAAUUGUGAAGAUAAAUUUCAAAAUUUAAAUGAUAUUAUUUCAUUCGAUGAAAACAAAGACGUGUUUUAUUUACCCGGCCUUCUAAAAGGUAACCCACCAAUGGCACCAGUAAACCCUGAGUAUGGAAGAGCUGUUGAAAGAGUAAAAGAAAACAUCAUUCUAAUGAUGCGUUCAAAAGAAAGAUAUAAACUUUCUGUAUCUCAGUUUCAAGAGAGGGUCUGCAACCUCUGGGAAGCCAUGUUGAAGGAAAAUUUCAUAUUUAGCUUCCGCAAUACGAUCGAGAUAAGAGCCUAUAAAUCUUUAGACCGAAAAUUCUUCGAGCAAUCCGUCAAUGUGAUGGCAAGAGGAAUGGCAGAGCUGGAGAGAAAAAUUGAAGUAGCUAUAAACAAGUGCACAACACGAAAAGAAUUUGAGGCUAGACGAGAGUUGAGUAUUAAAGACAUACGUAAUGAAGCCGACGCACUUGCGACAGAAAUAGAACGCGCAAUGGAAGUCUUUUUUGAAACCAGUGAAGAUAAAGCAACCCUGGAACAAUGGAGACAAAACAUAGUGAAUAGAAUUAAACAACAAAAAGAAAACCAAGUGAUGGACGUCAAAAGAAAUUGCUCAGCAACAUUUGAUCAUUGGGAAAAUCGACAAAAACUUGCAGAAAAGAAACAAAUUUAUGCAGAUGAGCUUCUAAAAAAAGCUAAAAGGUUUAUCACAACUUCAGCUGAUAAUACUAAAGAUGAAGAACAAUGCAAGGCGAAAUUCCAGCAAGAAUGGCAGCAAUGGAUUGCAGAGAUUCCCGAAUGUGAAGAAAGGAAGAGAAAUGUGAACAACGAAAUGGCGAAUGUUCUUUGCGACACAAAUUCCAAUCUAAAUACUGAAAUGACAGAGAAAUUAAGAAUGGAAACGUUUUCAAUAUUAAAAUUUAAAGAAAUGACUCCAGUGAUUGAUAUUGGUCAACUGAGCAUUAGGCAGUCGUUCCGGAAGGUUAUUAGUAACAUUGGUUCGCAUUUUAACAAUAUUACUAACAAUAUCACUAGCAAGAUUACACAACAACAACAACAACAACAACAACAACAACAACAACAACAACAACAACAACAACAACAACAACAACAACAACAAAAACAACGACAAAAAUGUCUUUCUGCUGCUAAAAAUGUAUGUGACGAAGCAAAAGAACGGGGGAUUAAUUUUGCUAAAUCGACAUCAACAUUGGGUGUUAGAUGUAGACCCAAUGACCUCAAAGAAUUGUAUCGCGAGAUUAUUACCAUUAUAGAAGAAGAGUCAGAAAAAUGUCAUUUUAAAUUCAAUAACUGUUUGAAAUGUGACAUCGUGCUCUAUACUUUUGCCAACGUUUACGAAAUUUUUGAUCGCAUGGAAGAAGACUUCUUGAAAAAACGGGACUUUAGAAGUCAGCUGGACAAAGACAUGCGAAAUUCAUUAGAAGACCAAUUUAUGGAUUUUUGCAAGAAGAUAGGGAAAGAAGUGUCGGCUGCUUCUUCAAUCGUUAAUGCACUUAAAAAGCCAAUUAAAUCACAGCUGAAGCGGACCAUGGGUCCUGCGGUGGCAAAAAAAAUGAUGGACGUUAACACAAAGUACCAGAGCAAAAGCCAAUUUCAUGCUAGUGUCCUCAUUCAACUUGGAGAGAAUCGCAAGUUUGAAUCAUACAUUCCUUAUCUUGAAGAUCCAGUUUACUUUCUAAGAAACCGCUUGGCGAUAUCAGUUCACCUUGAUUGUCUAAAAGGACAUGCCCACGACAUCACCUCACUUUUCAAAGACGAAGUAGAAAAGAUAAAAAAUCAAGUGUUUGCUGCUAUUCCAACAACCAACGGGCUAACAAAACUGAGGUUUUGGAUUCAGCAUUUUGUGAAAAAUUGUACUAUACUUGAAAUCACGGAAGAAAGUUUCCCAACUGUUGUCGACGAUCUGGAAAAUAUUCAUUUGUUUGAGGAAACGUUUCGUAAAAAGGUAACACAAUUUUUGGAAUCACUGGUAGAACGUGGAGUUGAUCGCGAAGCUAUGGGAAGAUGGAAUCCACCGCCACACGAGUACUUGUUCAACUUGAUGUUUGGUUGUCAAAGUUGUUGCCCAUUCUGCAACGUUUUGUGUGAUCACACUAAAGAUCAUCCAGGUAUAAAACACUCUUCACAAAUUCAUCGUCCACAGGGUCUAAAAAAUAUCGAAAGCGUUAAAACAGAAAUGUUAGACGUUACCAUUUGCACUACCUGGAUGGCCAAAAAAAACGGGGAAUUCCGAAAUGAGGAUACAUUUGGAAAAUGGCAUAAAUACAGAGAUUACCAGUCAGUCAAUGAUCAUUAUAAGUCCUGGUCAAUCGCACCAGAUCUAACUUUUGAGGGAUCUAUCUAUUGGCAGUGGUUCGUGACUACCUUUUCGAAAGAGUUGGCUGAACAUUUUGACGCCAAGGAACCGACAAUCCCCGAACUUUGGAAAAGCCGUUCGUUCCAAGAUGCCAAAGAUCAACUUCGAAAGGAAUACCAAAUUUAA